UCAUCUUGCCCAUUUAUUUUGAAAGUUCUACAAUUAGUUGAAGACUUUUUUCAUGGAGAAGUCCCUAUAAAUAUUCACAUAAAUUUAUCUGCCGUAUCAACCCCCCAUCUCUCCCUCUGUCUCUCUUUUAUCUCUUUCUCUCAGCAGGAAAAAGAAGUCAAAUUUGUACCACAGUAAAAUCAAGUAAAAUGGGGACUGGUGAUCCAUCAGAAAACAAUACGAUUUCAGAGGCACUGAUAUCGAGCAACCAAAAGGGUGGAUUCAGAGUCCUGCCUUUCAUCGUAGUAAAUAUGGCAUUUGAGAAGGUGGCAAGUUUCGGGCUGACGCCAAACAUGAUACUGUACUUGACAAGAGAGUAUAGAAUAGAGGCAGCAAAAGGAGCCAACAUAAUCUUUUUUUGGUCAGCUGCCACCAAUUUCACGCCAAUUCUUGGAGCUUUUAUUGCUGAUUCUUAUGUGGGUCGGUUUCGGAUGAUUGGGUUUGGAUCUAUAGCUAGCCUUCUGGGGAUAAUUCUAUUAUGGCUGACCGCUGUGAUUCCACAAGCAAGGCCGUUGCCUUGCGAUCAAUUUACUAGUGACAGUUGCCAAUCGCCGACGACAUUACAACUUCUACUUUUAUAUUCAUCAUUUGGUCUGCUCUCCAUUGGCGCUGGCGGCAUAAGGUCGUCUUCUUUAGCCUUUGGCGCCGAUCAGCUAGGCAUGGGACAGAGUCUUAAAAGAGCAGGGAUUUUAGAGCGCUUCAUCAGCUGGUACUAUGUUCUGGUGUCGGUUUCAGCAGUUGUUGCAAUGACUUGUAUUGUGUAUAUUCAAGAUGCGAUGGGUUGGAAAGUGGGUUUUGGAGUUCCCGUAGUGCUUAUGGCCAUUGCUGUUCUAUCUUUCUUCUCGGCUUCUUCCUUCUAUGUCAAGUCUAAACCUACGGCAAGCUCCUUUACUGGGUUUGCUCAAGUUCUUGCGGCUGCCUAUCACAAUAGAAGCAUUCCUUUUUCAUCCCAAGACAGUAAUGAUGGGUACCAUAAUAGAAAGGGUGCAACUGUUGUAGCUCCAAGCGAAAUGCUAAGGUUUCUGAACAAGGCUUGCAUAAUUGAAAACCCUGAAGAAGACCUGACCCCAGAUGGAAGAGCGUCAAAUCCAUGGAGUCUUUGUACAGUAAAUCAAGUAGAAGAGCUAAAGGCACUAAUCAAGAUUAUUCCAAUAUGGUUAUCAGGAAUGAUAAUGUCUGUGAAUGUAGCCCAAAGCUCUUUUCCAGUACUCCAGGCAUCCACAAUGGAUAGACACAUUAUUUCGAAAUUUGAGAUUCCUGCAGGCUCCAUGAAUGUUUUCAUGGUUAUAUCUCUAGCAAUAUGGGUUAGUCUCUAUGACCGUGUAAUUGUCCCUUUAGCAUCAAAACUAAGAGGAAAACCCGUUCGUCUCAGCUUGAAACAAAGAAUGGGAAUUGGGAUUCUUUUGUCAUCUGCAUCCAUGUUAGCUUUCGCAAUCGCAGAAAAGAAUAGGCGAGAAAGAGCAAUCAGAGAAGGAUUUUCAGAUGACCCGAAUGCGGUGGUGAACAUGUCUGUACUGUGGUUAUUACCAUACCUCGUCUUGUGUGGAUUGGCAGAGACAUUCAGUGCCAUUGGACAGAACGAAUUCUACUAUACUGAGUUGCCUAAAAGCAUGUCAAGCAUAGCUGCGACCCUUUUUGACAUGGGACUGUCAGCUGCAAACUUGUUAGCAAGUUUUAUAAUGAGUACAAUUGAUAGUUUCAGUAAAAGAGGCGGAGAGGAGAGUUGGGUGUCGAGCAACAUUAAUAAGGGCCAUUACGAUUACUAUUACUGGCUUCUUGCUAGUCUGAGCUUGCUUAACUUUGUAUAUUAUCUUGCUUGUAGCAAGGGUUAUGGCCCUUGCAGAGCAAAAGAAGGUAAUGCCCCAGACGAUGAUGGUGAUUACUAGUUGUUAAGGUUUUAUGAUCUCUGAAAUUUAGCAUUUAUCCAUUUUACCUACA